CUCUCGAUCUGAGCCAUUUGAAUGCGAACUAACCUUAAUUAAAUUUAAAUGUCAAGGAUGUUGAAUUAAAGAUGAUGCAGAGAAAAGACGUUGCCGACCCUCAGUUGUUACCUGUUAUUAAAGAGGUGGGACUCUUAUUGUGUAUGCCCUUUGGAAUCGUAUAACUAACGGUGUUGAAUCCACCAGAUUCAGAUACAGUGUUUUUCCUGAUCAACACCUGGUUUAUCGUCCUUUCCGAAGACCCGACUGUGGUAUCUGAAGCAGGGCAAUGAAGGAGAAUCGUCUUCACCGUGAGCGCGAGAGAACCGCUGGAUUGUUCUGCUCCGCGUUCUCCUCGGUGGUUCUCCUUGUUCUCCAGUUAGCAGCUGCAUUUCAGUGUUAAUAACAACAACACCGGAGCCCAACAGCUGAACCCUUCCAAGCAGAAUCUGGCUGCAGUGUGUGGCUUUGCUGUAAUAGCCCCAAACGUGUGGUCUCUUCUACGGUCUUCAUGUCCUGGUGUAUUUUACACACAUAUUUUAUGCAUCAUGACAGCAGCUCUCUGGGUCUACGGUCAUGAGUGUUCCGAACAUGUGACUAUAAGUUUACUAUAGUUUACCCUCCAUAGAGCAAUGACAAGUAGAUCCCUUUCAGUAUAUAAUUGCUUUUUGAAACUAUGUCCUUAUAGCAUUUACAGUAUAUAGUAAUGUUAUAUACUGAUAACAGAUGCCAUUUCCAAUUACUCUCCAUUUGUGUUGUUUUUAUUUGUAUCUGUGUGUGUAUAGGAUGCUAUCAUGGACCCUGGCGCCGCAUCUGUCACUAUAACUGAAUCUUCAGAGGAAAGUCUGGGAGAAGUUGACAUGAAGGAGGUCUCCGAAUCGGAUUCCACUGACGCCUCCACCGCCACUGAGCCCGAGCAAAAGUCUGAGAGCGGUGCUUCCGACAAGAGUUUCCCUUGCAUUGUCUGCGGCAAGGUCUUCGACCGCCCGUCAAAGCUGGAGAGGCACGGAACCGUUCACACGAGGAAGCCCAAAGCCCUUCACCAGUGUCAGCACUGCGAGAAGAGCUUCACGCAACAAGAGAAGCUGAUCCGACACCAGAACUGCCACAGCAGGACUAACAAGCACCCCUGUCCCGACUGUGGGAAGGUGUUCAACAGGCCAUCGAGGCUCGAACGCCACAAGCGCACGCACUCCAAGAAACCGAAGGUGCCCCAUCAGUGCUCGUACUGCAUGAAGACGUUCAGUAAGCUCAACAAGCUGGUCCGUCACAAGCGCAUGCACACUGGGGAGAAGCCCUUCACGUGCUCGGUGUGCGGGAAAGGGUUCUCGGAGUCGGGCCACUGCAAGGCGCACGAGAAGACGCACCAGGAGCAGCCAGAGAAACCACACUGCUGCGCCGACUGCGGGAUGUGCUUCCUAAAGGUCUCGGCACUUCGUCGGCACUUUCGCUCCCAUACGGGGGAGAAACCGUUCCGGUGCGGCGUGUGCGAGAGUCGCUUCUCCCGCCCCGAGGGACUCAAAAGGCACAUGAGGAGCCACACCGGGGACAGACCGUACAAGUGCAUCAUCUGCGCCAAGGGGUUUUAUUCACGCCAGGAUUUGAAAAUACACUUGUUGACCCACUCGGGGGAGAAACCACACCUUUGCCCCGUGUGCGGCAAGGGCUUCUCGCAGCUGGGCAACAUGAAAGAGCACGAGCAGAACGUCCACAUCAAGUCAGAGAAGUACAUUUGCAACGAAUGCGGGGCGACAUUCACGCAGUACAAGUCACUGAUGAAACACCAGAGGACACACACAGGAGAAAGACCCUACGUGUGCCUCCCCUGUGGUCGCAGUUUUUCGUGGAGCCACUCUCUCAGCCGACACCGGCGCUCGCACACACACCGACAGAUGUCGAUGGACACGUCGAUGGACACGUCCAAAGACAAAUUAUGUUCUGAAGGAUCCUCGAUGAAUCCCGACAGUUGAACAAUAGGAGUGAGGAUACUUCAUCGUCAAACUGUCUCCUGGAGCUUCAGUCGACAAAAAGUGUCGGAUUUUGUUGCGCAGUGAGAAGUGAUUUUGAAGCUUUGUUGCUAUUCGCCUCGCAGACUGCCUUAUUUUGCCACAAAAUAUUAGUUAGAUGUUCUCAGCACACGCCUCAAUGUGAGUAUUUCUGUUGAUUCCAGUUGUGUUCUAUUAAUUGAGUGAAGGCAGAUCAUGUGGCUAUUUGAGGGCACUGCUGUAAGUUUACAUCUUCCUUUCUGACCAAUUUGGACUUGUGGAAGAAUGCGGAAGAAUACAGAGUUCCCAAAAGAUGUGUGACAACCAAAGUUGUUUCCCAAGACCUGAACUCGUAUUUGACAUGCAACCAAACCGAUGCUGUAAACAAUAUUGCGACUGUAGGAUGAAUAAAGAAGUCAUUUUGAAGUCUUGGCUAAA